ACAUGGCUAAUUUCCUGUUCCCAUUUUAGUAUGAUAUUGAAUAUGGUCUUCAUCACCUAGUAAUUAGGGUUAUUUGGUUCUUAUUGAUUUGAUCGAGUAGUUGCUCAUUUACCCUGUCCGUCCUAAUUGAUCUUCAUAUGUUCAAGUUUUGAGGUUUUUAAGAGUAGUUAUUAAUCAUAUAUAUUUUGCGCUAGGUAAGAUAAAUGAAAAUCACUCUCCUUGAUUUACUCUUCCAAGAGGAUUGUAGAAUGUAUAUUUUGAGUUUUGUUGACAUAUACCCUUGAUCCUUAAUGAAAUGUCUCUGACCUUUUAUGGUCUUUAGCGUAGAACUUUGACCAAUGUUACUAGCAUUUGAUAUGUAUACAAGCCUGGGUUUGACAAUUAUCAUUGGAAACAUUGCCAAAGAGACAUUUUAUCUUCGUAUACCUUAUCUAUCAAAGCGUAAACUAAUGCACAAAAUUAAAUGGUCGAGAUAUUAAGAUCAUGUAUCAAAGCUUACUUUUAUGAAAGCUACCUUGUUAAAUACACUUUUUGCAAAAAAUAAAAAGAAGUUAAGACAAAAAAAUAACUGGGUUUUCAUUCUUUUUUUCCCAACAACUAUCUAAUAUGGUAAUUUCUGCCAGAACAUUACCUCUAAGAUAGACAACAAUCUAAACUAUCCCUCCAUUGAUCUUAUCUGACGCUAAUACGCAAAAAAGGGUAGUAAUGGACGUCAUUUUGCCUUUGUUUGGCAAACUGGUGAGAAAAUGAGAUCAUAAUAGAUCAUUAUGUAGCUUAAAGGUAGGGCUCUGAAGAGAAAAUGCCCUAUUAGGUGGUUAAAGGCAAAUUUUUUCUAAGUUUUAACUUGUUAUGCAAUGAUGUAAUUGCAGAUUUUAGAUCAUUAAAUAAUUAUGGCUUGUUCUUUUCCCCUUAAAAAAAUUAAGCUUAAAGUCUUGUAAGUUCAAAUGAGUUCCGCUUAGUUCUCGUAAGUGAUAAUAUUAGUUUAGUAAGUGUAUGUAAGGGCUAGUUCUAUUCGUGAUGAAAUAUAAGUUAAGCUGCAGCCCGUAGGUUCAGAAAAGUUCAAAAGGGAUAAGUUCAGGAGUUUCAGUACAAAAGAACAUAGCCUAAGAUUAAGUUUAUGAACUUGACGGACGGUUGAACGAGCGUGUUUAUUUCAAAUUAGGAAAGAACAAAAAGUACAGAGCAAGACAUAUGGAGUGAGAGUGUACCUUACUUCCUCGUGCUACUUCUCCUUUCAUUCUCUGUACUUAUCCUCUGGUGGCUUUCCAGGGGUAAUCCUUCAGUAGGUUCCAGCCUUCUGAGGAAGUGGUGCACUGAUGAAAUAUACCAGCUUCCAGAUAUUUGCAUUUGCAAUGGCUUCUAAGUACUGAUUAAAAUGGUGUCUGAAGUGAGCAUACGUUUGGGCAGGGCUGGCACUAUGGGGAUUGAGAAGGCAGUGCAGGUCUUAGAUGUGCUUGGGAGUAGUGUCACGGACUUGAAUUCAAGAAGUGGAUUUGCUUCUGGAGUUAUAUCAAAAGGAACUAAAAUCGCCAUUUUAGCUUUUGAAGUUGCGAAUACCAUCAUGAAGGGUGCUUGUCUUAUGCAUUCCCUGUCAGAGUCACGUAUAUGCCAGUUAAAAGAAGUUGUUCUUCCUUCAGAAGCUGUGCAAAAAUUAGUAUCCAAAGAUAUGGAUGAACUUCUUAGCAUUGUUGCUUGUGACAAGAGGGAAGAACUAAUCAUAUUUUCAGGAGAAGUCAUCCGCUUUGGGAAUCGCUGUAAAGAUCCUCAGUGGCAUAACUUGGACCGUUACUUUUUGAAACAAAGCAGAGAAGUUGGCCCUCAUAAGCAAGUGAAGGAAGACGCAGAAUCAGUGACGCAGCAGUUGUUAAUUUUGGUUCAGUAUACCGCUGAACUGUACCAUGAGUUGCAUGCCUUGCAUAGAUUUGAACAAGACUUUCAAGGAAAAUCUAAGGCAGAGGAACUCAAAAAGCAGAAGAAAUUAGUCAUGAAACUGAAGAAAAGAUCACUCUGGAGCAGGAGUUUGGAAGAGAUAAUGGAGAAACUUGUGGAUGUUGUCCUUUUUCUGCAUAUGGAGAUUCGUAAAAACUUUGAAAGUGAUGGGAAAUGUGAAGAUCCUACUGGGACAGUUGAAGAUCCUGUGAGUAAAUCCCAACGGCUCGGACCAGCUGGUCUUGCAUUGCAUUACGCCAAUGUUAUUUUGCAAAUUGAUGGAAUCAUGGCGAGAUCAAGUUCCAUGCCUGCUAAUGCUCGGGAGUCGUUGUACCAAAGCCUGCCGCCAAGUAUCAAAGCAUCUUUGCGCUCCAAGCUGCAAUCGUUCCAGGUCAAAGAAGAGCUCAGUUUGCCAGAUAUUAAAGCUGAAAUGGAGAAAACUCUGGAGUGGCUUGUUCCAAUUGCUUCCAACACUGUCAAGUCCCAUCAUGGUUUUGGUUGGGUUGGUGAAUGGGCGAAUUCCGGGUUUGAGGCAAGUGAUACAUCUGCAGAAAAAGCUGAUGUGAUCCGCAUAGAGACAUUGUAUCAUGCUGACAAGGUGAAGACAGAAGCUUACAUUACUGAUCAAUUGGUUUGGCUUCAUUACUUGGUUACCCAAUCAAGAAUGGCGAGCAUAAGUUUUAGUAUCAAGUCAGUUACAAAACCCCCUGCUCUCUUUCCCCAACAAAGGAAACAGAUCUCAGAAGUGAAGACUUACAAUGAAUCAUCUAAUUUGUUGACAGCAGAAAAGCAUCAUCAAACGUCUAAUAUCAGUGCAGAGACUCAGACCCAAGGAAUCAGUAAAAUUCAGGAACUUGAUGCUGUUAAUGAUGAUGUCAAAGAACAAGGAUUUCGUGUAAUAAACCAAGUGAAGGUCAUCGGAUAAUGUGCCAACUUUACGAAUUCACAUAAUGCAAUUUGGUGCUACAAGCAACUACACAAUUUUUUUACUUGCUGAAUUUAUGCAUGGUUGAGGAUGUAGUAUAGCUAAAUAAUAUGUUUAUAUAUAGUUAUUCGAGGCGAUGGAGCUCAUUGUUUUGCCAUAUAUUUAUGAUUAUAUAUCAAUAGAGUACAUAGAUGGUAUUUAGUGAAUUCUUUGCUAUUAGAUGUAAAGUUGCAAAUCUUAUAUUAUGUCAGAAAAGGUAUCAGUUGAGAUUAUCUUGUAAUGACUGUAAAUCUAUUUCUUAUUAAUGUCAUGUGUUCGAGUAGUGAUUUAA